GACGAUAAUUAAAGAGUCUGCAUCUGCUUGCUGCUGCUGGGCCUGAAGAUACACGUUUCUCAGAUUUUGCGUGUCCCAACAAAUUGAGCAGCAAGUGAGGCAGUGCUUGGACCCAGGUCUGCGUGUUAAACAUGGGAGACCAGAGUUCCGCUCAGCACCUCCUGCCCCUGCUGCUGCUCCUGACGCUCCUUGCCAGGCUGUCACAGCUGUGGGCCUUCCCCUUCAGCCCGUCCCUGGACCUGGACGUCACUCCCAGGACGACUGUCUUCUCCAAAGGUCUGUUGGGCAGCGCCAGUUUCAACGGCUCUACACGGAACUACAGCACCCUCCUGCUGGAGGAGGGGAGCGGGCUGCUGUACGUGGGAGGCAGAGGAGCCAUGCACGCACUCAACACCUCCAACAUCUCCACGCCAGCAAACCUCACGAUUGAUUGGGAUGCUUCCCCUGAACAGAAGAAGCAGUGUUUAAACAAAGGCAGAGACAAUCAGACAGAGUGCUACAAUCACAUCCGCUUUCUGCAGCGAUUCAAUGAGACUCACCUGUACGUCUGUGGAACAAACGCCUUCAGACCUCUUUGUGCUUACAUAGACGCAGAGCGGUUCAGCUUCUCCUCCGGCUUUGAGGAGGGCAGAGACAGGUGUCCCUAUGACCCAGCGAAGGGAUUCACUGGCCUCCUCGUGGACGGGGAGAUGUUCACGGCCUCUCAGUAUGAGUUUCGCAGCUCUCCAGACGUGCGCAGAAACUUCCCCUUCCCCACGCUCAGGACAGAGGAGGCCCCCACCCGGUGGCUUCUGGAGGCAGAUUUUGUGGGCUCCGUGCUGCUGAAGGAGAGCGUCAACAGCUCCAUCGGCGACGACGAUAAGAUUUACUUCUUCUUCACGGAGAGAAGCCAGGAGCAGAUUGCCUACCCGAGCCAGACCAAGGUGUCCAGGGUGGCCCGAGUCUGCAAGAAUGACUGGGGAGGCCAGAGGACCCUGCAGAGGAAGUGGACCUCCUUCCUCAAGGCCAGAAUGGUGUGUUCAGUCCCAGAAUACGAGCUGCACCUCAAUAUCCUGCGCAGUGUGUUCGUCCUGCAGGGCCGAGACGCUCAAAGCAGCAUUUUCUAUGGCGUCUUUGGCCUGGAAUGGAAGAAUAUCAAAGCAUCUGCUAUCUGCCAGUACGCCUUCUCGGAUGUGCAGAAGGUGUUUGAGGGGCCGUUCAUGGAGGUGCAGGACUCAAAGUGGAGGGAGUACACGGGGAAAGUUCCAGAGCCAAGACCUGGAUCUUGCAUAACAGAUGCGCACAGGUCCCAGGGCAUCAACUCAUCUCGAGACCUCCCAGACAACGUCCUCACUUUCGCCAGAAGGCACCCGCUGAUGGCCAGCCAGGUGCACCCGAUAGGUGUGCGCCCACUCAUGUUCAAGAGGAGUGUCAACUAUGUGAAGAUAGUCGUGCACAAGGAGCCGGCGCUGGAUGGGAACACUUAUACUGUUUUGUUUUUGGGAACUGACGACGGGUGGCUGCACAGAGCUGUCGACGUCGGUGGAGAAAUGCACAUCAUAGAAGAGCUGCAGCUGUUUGAUAAACCCCAGCCCAUAGAGAGCAUGGUCAUAUCCUCCGCUCUGCGGAGCAUCUACGUCGGCUCCCACUCUGGAGUCGUGCAGGUGCCGAUGUCCGCCUGUCAGCGGUACACGUCCUGUUACGACUGCGUAUUCGCCAGAGAUCCGUUCUGUGGCUGGGACGGGAGGGCGUGUGUGGAACUAUCUUCACAUGCACAGAGGUCAAACCUAACCCAGGAUAUCCUGAAGGGGACCAGAGGCUGCAAGGAGAAUUCAGGAAAUGUGGUCCACCGGCGGCGUUCUGUGAUGUUGGGUGACGACGUGCUCCUCCAGUGCGAACUGCGCUCCAACCUGGCAGCUCCACGCUGGAUGCUGAACGGCAAAGAACUCCAGGGAUACGGCCUCAAUUCGGGCUACCGCAUCGGCACAGACGGCCUCCUCAUAAUCGGAGCUCGUGCCCAGCAGAGUGGGUCUUAUCGCUGCUUCGCCGUGGAGAACUCUGUCUCAGUCCUGAUUUAUCUUUACACAGUCAGAGUGCACACGGACGCGUACUUCCCCGUGGAGCCCACAGACACGACGCACCCCACUACAGUUUCCAGCCCGACUGUUUUCUCCACCAGCAGCCCCACUGAGCAGCCUCUGCCCUCGCCCCCCGCCCCGCUGCCUCCGGGAGCAGAGUUCCAGACCUACAGACACAUGGAGGCCGUGUACAUUUCCCUGGUGGCGGUCCUCGGAGGGCUUUGCCUGGUGUUAACUGUGGUGCUGCUUUACGUGAGCUUCUGCACCAGACGGGUGUCCCCGGACCGGAAGUUCUCCCAGCAGGGGCUGCAGGUCCUGGGGGCCUCUGAGAGAAAGAGGAGCUCCCAUCUGGAACUCAAAACCAUCUCCAGCCACUACAAUGGCCGCCAGGGUCGACGCUCCAUCUCGGUGCCCACUUUCGGUGACAUGGGUGACGGCUUCCUGCAGAUAGUUCCAGGUGAAGGCCAGUUCUCUCCGUGCAAAACACCCCCACCGGCCCCUCCUCUUCCUAUGCCGCCUCCGCUGCCCAACAUGGACUACGCCAACGGGCUGUCGGCCACUCUGCCCAGCGUGCUGAGGAAGAUGAACGGGAACAGCUACGUGCUGCUGAGGCAGGUCGACCACGACGGCAUAUCGCCGCUCUACCACUCCUUCACAGAGGAGCUCAACAGGAUCCUGGAGCAGAGGAAACACUCACAGCUGGACCUGCAGCCUGACGAGAGCUCCAUCUAGGACGCCCCCUCUCAGUCGUUGUUAUUUAUUUCUUAAACCCAGAGGGUGACCCGUAGCCGAGGGGAGAACUGACUGUUGUAUCAAACGCUGCUGUUAUUCACCCAGUGUCACCUGCAGGUCGUGUCCUCACUUGAUCUGAAAUGUGCAACCUGCACACGACAAACGGCCCAUGAUUUCAAGUCAACUAUGGACUGCACUAACCAGAGACUGAUAUAUUUAAAAAGUCUAGCUGUGUAAAAAAUUUGGCCACAGACUGCACUUUUACAAAAUGACCACGAGCUAGCAAGACUCUCUGGAGGCUUGUGAAAGAUGGCGGUCGGAUGACACAAAAAUGCAAAGGUGCAAACUGGGACACGAAAAUAAAUCAGGCCAGGAGGCGAUCGCGUAUUUAUGAGACUGUGGGAGUGUUCAGGAAGUGCCAACGUUAGACCUCUGUGGAGCUUAAAGGGAUACUCCACCCAAAAUCCUUUGUGCAUUGCUACUGUUGGAAACUAGAUAAUUUCCCUGCCUCUUGCAACUUUGACAUCAAGAUGUUUCUGUUCCCUGGUCUGAAGGGGUGAACAGGUUUGACUCACCUGUAGUCGCAGGAUCAUUCUGUAUCACGCAAAAUCCUUUUAUGAGGAUGAUAGUGAUAGAAGCUGCUCCAGCUGAGAGCCCUUCUCUGGUUUUGGGCAGAUGUCGGCAGUUCAGGGUUCAUUUAUGGGCAAAAAGAAAAGGAUCCUUUUGGGAUGAAUUGGUUGGCAUAGCACCUCCAGGUGUGGCGCAUCAGUGACUAAUGAGGCAUACCCGUGUGUGACAUCAGCCCCGACCUUCCAGUCUCCUCCUAAAAAUGCACAUGAUCUACCAAACUUAAGGACUACUAAAAGACUUAUUACAACAGUUUUAACAUCCAAACAUCCAAGAAACAUUGGAAUGGACAAGCAGAGAAGACGAUUGUUACGAGAAUAAUUUCAUGUCCAAACUAGAAAGGUUCACUCAAUAAAAGGGCAAAAUAUUCUGCAGUUUGCUGCAGCAGAAUGUGAGAUCAGUCGUGGACAGACACAAAGGUGCACACUCACUCACUCAUGGACACACGUGAGUGAUCGCCUGAUUUUCCUAGCAGAGAUAAUAAGAAUCCAUAGUCAGGCUGCAACAAUUAUUUUCAUGAUUAAUUAAUUAAUUAUUUUUUCCAUAACAUUUUUUUGUCUCUAAAGAAGACAGAAAAUAGGAAAGAAUUCCAACCACAAUUUGAAAACCCCAAAAUAUCCAACUUAAAUUACAUAAAAAAGACAAAAUCAGCAAAUCCUUUGUGAAGCUGAAAGCACAUAACAAACUUUUGUUCUCUAUGAGGGAGCAAACUACGUUAUCGAACUUCUCAAAAGACAGAUCUCAUGUGGAGUAUCACUUUAAGGAGCUGUUACAGCACACGAGAGCUCAGGUGGAAAGAAAAAAUCACACAUUUCAAUAUAUAUUUUCAAACCACUCUUUCUUCAUUUCCUUCUGUCCUCAUGUAGAUUUCAGUCAGCUCAUCGCUGGUAGCAGCUGGUAGCAGCAGGUUGUUGUGUCCGUGCCAGUGGAAACACCUGUAGCAAACCUGAGCAUCUGUGUAAGUAAAGAGCUUGAGUGGUCUGUUAUUGACCAUUAAAGGAGCAGCCAGUUUGCGGUCACAUUGAUUGAAUUCACUGAACACCGCAGACCGGCUUCAUGGCCCAGGAGAGGAAACCGCAGCACACGCUGGAGACGAACGGACCAGAUGCUGUACAGAAGAUGCUUAUAUUCUCUUUUAUAUUCCUACAGAUGAACUUACAUAAACGUUGCCUUUGUCAGACUGAAGCUGUUUUGUGUCGACACCUCGAAGAUUCCUCCUGAGACAUCCUGACAAUAGUUUCACGCCAACACCGGGUUCUUUUUGAAAAUGACGUUGCAAAGAGACUAAAUGUUUUUUUCAUGUACUUCUUUAAAGCUGCUGGUGGUGAGAUGUUGUUGAGUCAGACUAGAGAAAACCUUCACACAUGCCAUCCUCAGUGUUUACCCUGACAUCAGAGCAGUGCCAAAACAACAGUAUUUCCUCGACAAGGUGAACAGCGCUGUCAUUAAAAACAACACACGCAUAACUUAAAGGGCCUGAAAGAUGAAUCUUGGAGUCGUUUGUAAACGUGUCAGUGGUGAAUAUAGAUCCGUCUUUCCCGCAUAGUGUUGAGUCAGCAGCAGCCCUCGACUGUGACUCGCACGCAGCGCGCAUCUGUCACAACGUCGCUGACAGUAAACGGGGGUGCUUGGCUCGCCUCCACGAGGAGAGGAGAGGACUCGGGCCUCUUGUCUGUUUGCAUGGAGCGCUGUCGUCUCUGCAGGUAGAAGCAGACAGAAAACAUUUGACCUGAGUGUCCUGUUCAGCCAUGCGGGAAACAGAUGAUGAUACGAGGGGGCAGCAGCUAUUUUGCACUUGCAGGUUUUCAAUCGUCCUCUUUGUCAACCUUGUGAGCCACUUUGUUCUCUGAGAACAUGGACCAUGAAAGGCACUCUAUAUGCAGAGUAAGACUAAAGGCCUCAGUAUGAUUCAAAGUGAGGGGCUGAUCACACCGAGAGGCGUCACUACAGGCCUCAAAAAACGCAUAUGUGAUUAACCUACAUCCUCAUGCAACGGUUCGUAUGAUAUGAAAAGUAUGAAAGUUGCUCCUCAUUUUAUGGCGUUUUUCUACGAAAGCCAGCAACACGUGUCAAUUUCCACUCAAAAUAAACUUUCGUCUUCACAGGAAACUGCUUAGUUUGGUUUAGGCAACAAAACUAGUUGGUUAGGUUUAGAAAAAACUCGAGGUAUACUUAGUUAGGUUUAGGAGAAGAUUGUCGACCGGGUUAUUAUGACUACGGAAGUGCUGCUACUGAAGUACGUGAGUUACGUGACAAAGACAUCAACGCUGACAAACGACACCAUCCUGGCUGAAAGAUCGUCGUUUGUUGGACCCGUCCACCUCCCCUCCCUCCAUUAAUGCUUGCGCUUUUGCGGUCCUUAUUCUUCAUCGUUCAUAAUUACGUGGAUAACAUACGAAAUAAUCUUGCGGGAUAUAGGUAUAGCUGCGAAUACUGGAUUAACUCACUCGCUUGCUCCCCGUAGCUUACAAUGAAGCUAUCACAACAUGAGAUAUGAAUUUGACCUUCACUCUCACAUACGUCGUAGCUCUCUCACAGCCCAAUGGCUAACUAACUAGCCAGUUAGCACGACCACAACUACGAGGCAUCGACAGGGAGUCAGUGCUAAAGUAGUAAAGCCUCUCGUGUGAUUUGAUUGGUUGUCUGGGCCAAAAAUCAGAUGUGCAACGCAAGAAUGGAGCGCACGUUUCUAACCACGUGUCUCAGUGUGAUCGAGGCCUAAGCGCUUGCCUAUGUGGCUCUUUUUUCAAUCUUUGCACAACAAAUUUUGUCACUCUUUGCUUACACAGCUGAGUGGAACACCAUUAAUAUCAUCGAGGAGAGACGAGGAAAACCCAUUGACUUCAAGACGAGGGACCAGAAAGUGCAAAAUUGCUGACUCAUUUCCAGGACUCAUUCCUGCAGCACACUAAAUGGGCAUUGCUUGGGGUGAAACUAAACAAAUAGCAUAUGUAUUGAACACCCUUUCACAUAUGUGGCUAUAUAUUGAACUUCUGUCCAAGUUAAUUAUGCGUCCAAACGUUACCACACCGAAACGUGUCAUAUCUGCCCCUCUGUUACAUAUUAAGGAGGCUUUUUCCCCUUGCUGCUUAUCUGGAAAAGUGUUCAAUAUUGGAUCUGACCAGUGUGUCAAUUCCAGCCAGAGAGCAGAUGGACGUGUUGGCAGAAGCUACUUUGCACUUUGUCUUGUCAGCCAUUUUCUUUUUUUUUUUUUAGCCCUUUCACUUGUUUUCACCCUCAUCUUCAUUCUUCCCGUCUCUCUCCUCGCCGCUGCACGACAGCGUCAUCUAUUACUCUGUCUGCUCACAUCCUCACUGCUGAGUUUACAAAUGGCCCCAAAUCAAUUAGAGCCUUAGAGUUUGUGUUUGUGGAUCAAUCCCAUUUUCUGCAUUGAUAGACGCUGUCGAUGCUCCGCUCAUGUUUCUGGCUAAUGUUAUUAUUUGUAAGAUAGCUUUUUUUAUUGCACGCAGAAAGCCUAAAUAUGAAUCUGUGUCCUAAAGGGACAGAAAGGCUGACAUGGAUCAAGUGAACGUUUUCUGAUCCACGCUGAUCUAUAGGCGUGAUUCACAUUUAAUUUAAUUUAAAUCAAAAUUGUAAAGAAAUGUUCUUGUUUGGUUUUAUUUUAGGGCAAGUUUAACAUUUGUUUUAACCUUGUAUUAUGUAAAAGUUGUGGACAAUCCUGAAAGCUUCUUCUGGAUCUUCUGAUCCUUUGCUGCAGCUUCAUUCCCACUUAGAGGACAAUCUGUUUACAAUAGGCACUGGCUCUGCGCUGUAUAGUAUA